AUGUCGACGAAGGACGCCGCAACGCCGACAUCCCGCGAAAAGCCAGCGUCUCCAAGUGCACCUUCAAAGAACCCAGCCAAAACACUCGCGUCCGUUCCACUGCCCGCCAUCGUCAUCGUUCUCAUCUUCAGCUCCCUCUCCGCCAUCGCAUGGGCAAUCAUAUGGACUCCCGUCCGCAACCAAUCUCCAGACGCGACGCUGACGCUCAUGACAUUUUGCCCGCCAAAAGGCCCCCCAGCGCGGUAUGCCUUGGUUCCUGCUUGGCUCGGUGGCUGGACUGUCCUUGCGAACGACGCGCUCUGCCAGCUCACGACCUUCUUCAGCCUCAUUAUCCACUCUCCAUGGCCUGAAAUCUCUCCCGGGACCGCGCCUGGCGGUGGUGGAAGGGAGCUGACCUGGGAGCUGGUGGUGACGAUUAUACCCGUUUUGGGGGUAUUGUUCCUCGAAGCAGAGCGGCCAAGCGCGAGUGUAUGGAUCCGGUACCCGGUGUUCUGGGGUCUUCUCUACCAGAACAUCGCCGGCGCAACUAUCUUUCCCAUCUGUUACAUGCUGCUAUUCGUCACCAGCCCGCCCCGCCUGCCCAUCCCGAGUCAUAGAGGGGAAGCCGUCUUCGUCGGUAUCAUCAUCGGCUACGGCAUCCCCACGCUUGGCAUGCUGUUCUUUCAAGACGACCGGUGGGCACUGCUGUGGCAGUUCUUCCCACUUACUGUGCCCGUUGCACGAGACGUAUGGGCAACUAUCCGCCCCGCGGCGAAAGGGCCAGACCCGGAACUGGGCGAUUUCUGGGCGCGUAUGGCGCAGGGGCUUGGAGUGGUCCUGGGAACAGUGGUGCACGUACUGGCGCUGUUGGAGGCAGCCCCCUUGGAUGGGGGCUACAACCGUAUGUGGACAGCAUACGCACGCACGUUCCUCCCAGUCCUACCCCUGCCAAACCCAUUACAAGACCCACAAGGCCACCUCUGGCACUCGCUCGCCAACUUCCUCAAAUGGAAUUGGAUCUUCAUCUGGCUCAGCACAUGGGUCGCAGCGCUCAUCGCAGUCGUGCAGACAAGAACUGCAAGGGCGAGAAAAGAAUUCCAGGAACUGGGGACGUGGGCGCUUAUGGCUGCUGCGUUUGUCCUGAUGGGACCGGCUGCGUCCUUCCAUGUACCCCCAGCGACGCUCUCCUCCCUCAUCCCAAAGUUCCUCACCGACGCCCGGAAUCAGCUCUCCCACCCGGACCUCCACGUAGCCCGAAAAUGGAACCUCCUGGCUAGGGCGUGCAACCUCCUCACUGGGGAGGAACAGCGCUGGGUUGGGGAAAGGGCAAGUCAUCUUGCUUGUACGGUGGAGAUGACCCCUUGCGGCACAGAAUUGGACGUCGUGGUGCUCGACGAGAUACAGCUGCUUGCGGACCCCGAUCGGGGAUCGAGCUGGAUGCAGGUGCUCCUAGGUGCGAAUGCGCAAGAAGUGCAUGUCUGUGGAGAGGACACAGCGGUCGGGCUUGUGCAGCGGAUCGCUGAGGAGUGUGGGACGUCGUCGAGGUGA